AUGGCUUCUUUCAGCAGUGGGGUCAUGAUCUCCAGGAGCGAAGCCCAGAGGCAGAAGGGUGACGAGCUCCGGAUGCGUGCUGCGGGCAUAGAUCCGACCAAAGUCGACGAGCAAUGGGCAGGGGAGGUCAUGUCUCGGCGCCACAAGAAAGAAGUCAAGGUGGACGAGGUGCAAGAGAAGGAAAAGAAGGAAGCAGCGGAUCUGGCAAUGGACAAGCGGGAGGUUGUCCAUAAACGACCAGAAGGUCGGCUGAAGUGGCUGCACAAGGCUCUAGUUCUAGCCUCCAAGGGCCGUGUUUCCAUGCCGGCGAUCUACGACAUCGUGAAGUCCUCUCAGUUCACCUCUGGCAUGAACUCAAAGGUCGGACUGCAGAUCAAGGGCAUGGUGAUGGCCAACCUUCACCUUUUCAAGAAGGAGCAGCAGAAGAGUCUACAGCACAGCAGGCUCAUGAGCUUCUCUGAAGAUGGAUCUGGGCCUGCAGGUGACUCCGACAGUGAGGAAUCCAAGCGAAAGCGAAAGAGGCGGAGAUCCAGCUACAGCAGUGACUACAGCCGUAGCCGAAGUAGCAGCUACAGCCGCCGCAAGAAGAAGAAACGGAAGGACCAUGAGGAAGACAGCAAGCCGAAGGACAAGGCGAAGGAGAAGGAAAAGGCGAAGGAGAAGGAGAAGGAGAAAGACAGGGCCAAGGAGAAGGAGAAGGAGAAGGAAAAGGAGAGGGAGAAGCAUGAAGACCACAAAGAUGCAAAAAAGAAGGCCAAAAAGGAGAGAGCCAAGGACAAGUCUGAGGCAGAUGAGGAGAACGCAAAAGACAAACACAAAGAGAAGGAGAAGACAAGGGAUGAGGACGCUGGCAAGAAGAAGAACAAGAAGGACAAGUCCAAGGGCACGUUUCAGGGCGACAGCUUCCGUGGAGUUGCCAGCCGAGCAGGUGAGACCUCCGCGAUUGCAGCGAUGUUUCAGGAGGAAGUUCCGGACAUGACCGAAGCUCCGAGAAGCCUGGAUUUGCCUCAGUUCGUCAAUAUGCUGGAGUCGCGGGAUGAUGCUACCCAACGCGUGGCUGCCCUUGAGUCCGUCAACCGCGGUAUAUUUGAGAUGACUGACGAGAAUGAAGCCAAGAUGCUUUUCCGCAGAGUCAUCACGAUGCUGAAUGAUCCCGUUUGGGAUGUCAAGCGAGCCGCAAUCCAAUUGCUCUCGGAGAUCAGCCCACGAUUCGACAGCGACACAGUGGAGAGCCUGAACCGACUGCUCUACCACCCUGACCCUAUGGUACAGAUGAUGAUUGCCUGCGUGCUGAUGCAUGCGGAGGGUGCGGAGGACUACUGCAAGGAGGUCUGGGGUGACCGGCAGACAGCUGAAGCUGCUGUAAGUCAUAAAGGACGACUUCUGGAGUUCCUUGAUGCGACCUUCCAGGGAGACCGGGAGAUUGUCCUGGCAGCCGUCAAGCAGGACGGGCAUGCGCUGAAGUAUGCGAAGACUUUCUUGUUGGCCGAUGAAGAGAUCGUGCUCGCCGCGGUCGCCCAGUCUGGAUCUGCGGUUCACUUCGCUAGCGAGGAGAUCAUCGCGAGACAUGCGGGUCUCCGCGCGCUGCAGGAGGGACGAGGUCUCAGCUUGCACGGUGACUACUUGGUGUUGGAGGGUCUCGGCAAGGGUGUCUACGGCGAGGUCACAAGAGCCGAGCACAUGAACACCAAGCAUGUCGUGGCCAUUAAGAAGCUGACGUAUGACCCAGAGGUGUGGGUGGACGGCAUCCCAGCUCACGCAGUGCGGGAGAUGUCAGUGCUGCGAAAAUUCAAGCAUCCAAACGUGGUGCGGCUGCUCGAUGUGGAUGUGGGGCGUAACGACAUUCACAUGGUCUUCGAGUUUCAUCCGACUGACCUUCACAAGGUGCUCACGCUGUGGAAGCAGAGUUCCCGGCGUAUGCCAAUUAACCAAGUUAGACAAUACUCUUCGAACAUCCUGGACGGCAUUUUUGCGUGUCACAACAGGCAACUUCUUCACCGCGACCUGAAACCUCAGAACAUUCUGCUUGGCGCCGACGGGGUCCUGAAGAUAGCAGACUUUGGCUUGGCGCGUGUGAACAAGGAGCACCACCCGCUGACGCUGGAAGUGGUGACGCUUUGGUACAGGAGUCCAGAACUCCUCCUUGGUGCAACUGGCUAUGGAUAUGAAGUGGACCUCUGGUCGGCAGGCUGUGUGAUCGCGGAGAUGUCCACCGGCCGCCCCUUGUUCCCAGGAGACUCUGAAAUUGGCACGUUGUUUAAGAUCUUCCAGCUGCUCGGCACGCCGUCGCAAACGAACUGGCCACAGGGUACGCAGCUCCACAACUUCAAAGACAGGUUCCCGAAGUGGCCAGCGACAGGACUCAGACCCAUUCUCGAUGUGCGGCCAGAUCUCUGCGCUCAUGAAGGGGAUGAUCUCCUCAGCGGCCUGCUUUGUCUGCAAUCUGACCGACGUCUCUCAUCAAAGCAGGCACGCUGCCAUGCCUUCUGCAGGCAAGAUUGA